UCAGUCUUAAUUUAUAUGAAUUGAUUAAAAAGAACAACUACAAUGGUUUUAGUAUGAGUUUAAUACGUCGUUUUUGUAAUUCUAUAGUAAAAUGUUUACGUUUAUUAUACAAAGAGAAUAUCAUCCACUGUGAUCUCAAGCCAGAAAAUAUUUUAUUAAAGCAACGUGGCAGUAGUUCGAUUAAGGUCAUUGAUUUUGGCAGCUCUUGUUAUGUAAAUCGUAAAAUUUACACAUAUAUACAGUCGAGAUUUUAUCGUUCGCCGGAAGUUAUAUUGGGACUACAGUAUGGUACCGCCAUUGAUAUGUGGAGUUUAGGUAAGAAUUAGAAGAAUUUCAAAGAUAUUUAUG